AUGGAAGAGGACUUGGACAGCCCCACGGAUGUCUCACCACCACCGAGCCGCCAGAACCCCGAUCCCGCACCGUCACAAAUCCCGAGACCAUUACCUCCGGCCGCGCUACAGAACAAAGAUGGCGGCAUCGGCAUGGCCAUCUCGCGGCCUACGCAAAUCCCCCAAUGGCCGCUGCCCGGACCCAUCCCGUCCCCAUCCCCCGAAGCCGAGCCGUACCGACCUCCCCCAGGAAGGGGACCACCACCGCAACGCCCACCUCGCCCAAAUCGGACGAGAAUCGACGCUGAGCCAAGAUCCCUCGUCCGCACCACUCACCCCGUCAUCGAGACAUACGCAGUCGUCAAUGUCUUCCGUAGGAUCGAUUCCGGAUUUCCCAUUGCCAUCGACCAUUCCUCCCGCUCCGAUCCCGCCACCUCCUCCCGCCGCUCUGCCGAGACGGAGCGUCACCCUCGGACCUCCUCCGUCGUCUCGACGAGGUGA